AUGACCUGUACCAGUCUAGACAGCAAACCAAAAUGCAUUGAAAAACACAGUCAAAGUCCAUCACACCUCAAUCAACAUUACGCAGACGAAAAAGCUUCGGCCCAGGCCAUGCCCAGCCAAUCACUGCACGCCACAGUCUCGCAAGUCUAUCAAACUGACGCAACCCGCUUUGAGUUCACAAUCGAGCCGGGCGCUUUGCUUUGCGCCUUUUUUAACGAAUGGCACUGGGUCUGUUUGUUUAAAGCGUCCACUUCCGCGUCUGGCGGCCGCUUUGACCGCCGCACUCCUACAUUGGCCCGUCCUUGCCGCGUCAUUCACAUGAGAAUGACGGAGUUCCGUAAAUCGUGGAGCUGCGGAUCUGACAGUCUGGCGCCAGAAGGACUCGCCACAACUUCGUCGGAGGUCACUUUCUUCACCUGCUCGGGCCGACAAAAGGGUCAGAAUGGCACCUACACUUGCUGA